UCUCUCUCUUUCUCUUUCUCCUUUAGAUGAUUCAUCUUGUUCUGUUCCCAGUCCAAUCAUGAAAUUAGUUCAAAAACAGAAUUUAGACUAUCUACACAUCAAGUCUCAUUUCUCCAUUCCUUACUACCAGUUCAUGAAGCAAUUAUUAAUCAUUAAUUAUAAUUUUGCAAAGACACAAAUUGAUGCCAACAAUCCUAAUGAACCAAUGGAAAACUUUGAGAAGAUAGGUAGCCUUUGUAUGAAGCUAGUGACAAAGUUUUUAUUCCACAGUGGAUUCCACACUAAGAAGACACUGAGAGGUCCUGCUAAUGACUGGUUUGAUGCCAUGAACCCAUACUUGUAUUACAGUUCAAGGAUCAGGAGGUGGUUCUGUGAAGAAGUGUUCAUUAAACACAGAGAAAGGUUCUGUGCUUACCUGUUAGAGUGCCCAUCAACUGAACUAAGGAACAUGUUUGCUAAGUUGAUCCCUCAUUUGUGUCACAUCACCAACAAAGAUGAGAAAUUUGAAAUACACUUGAACACUGCCACUGGAAUACAUGUUUCAGAGCACUUGUUCAGUGACAUUGCCCUCAACCAGUUAUUGACAUUACUAAAGAAGGAGGUAUCUGACCACAGCAGACACUUACACCAGUACUUCCAAGUCUUCCUAGCCUACGCUCAUAAAGGAGCCUAUGAAAGACAGCAUUUGUUAAGACUAGGUGUCCCUGCCCAGUUCAUUGCUCUAUCAUUAGAUGAGGGACCUGGCCCAGCCCUCAGGUCUCCUUAUGCUGAUAUCUCUCGUCUUUAUUCUGUGGUCAGUGUCUUAGUGAGGUCUUGUGAUGUGUCUGUUAUACAGAGGAGCUCCAAAGAAGGUACUGAGGUAUUACCUAAUCCUUAUGCUGAUCCUGAAUUGUGUGAGAAACUAUCAAAUGAUCUUCUACACUGGCUAUAUGAGAGAACUAGUAUCCAGCAAAGCACUACUUAUGUUAAGAAACUGAUUGAGGACAAUAGUCCGAUUGAGGAGACACUCCGCUUCUUAGGGUUUUGCUCGUGGGAAAAUUGGGAAUUUUCGGCUGUCGUAAUAGCAGACCUGCUAAUGGAGAUUGCUACAGUGCAACCUUUUGACAUGAGACCUUAUCUUGAUCUACUGUACCACCUACUAACAAUGGCAGACUCAUGGCAGCACACCAGAAUAAGAGCAAUGUUCUUAGGUCUACAGGAUAGAGUGGAUGGGAUGAUGACGAUGAUACAACACGGACAGACUCAUGUGGUACAGCAGAAAAGAGCUUAUCUCUGUAUCAAGUUUAUCAUUAACUUAUGCUCAAGGUGUCAGUUGACAAUGGUGGUGUUAGAUGAGGAUGUUCAUUUGAAGAGGUUGUGGCAGUUCUCAAUCCAAUGGCUGCAGAAUGAGCUUGACAGAAGACAAUACACCACAUCAACUUACCCGUACACAGGAUGGUCACCUCCUGCUCAGUCCAAUGAAGUAUCUAACAGUUAUUUCCUUGAGAGGUCCAACAGUGCUAAGAUGACAUUAAGUAGAGCAAGAGAACUGUUUCCUAUUGAAGUUGAGCAGUUUGAGUCCAAUAUAGAAUCAACAGAGACCAGUUUUGAUCAGUCCUCAAGUUUAUUAGAAAAAGAUAAUAAUUCUUCUCUCCCCAUUGAGGGGGAGGUAGGGGGUCCUGAGACUACUGAAAUUAUUGAUUUUGAGGGGGAGAGAGGGGGGCAGGGGGAGGAGGGACAAACUGAUUUAACAGAAAAUAAAAUGGUCCACACUGACUUAGACUAAUAAUAUUAUUAAACUUAUUUAAAAGUAACUUUUAGUGAGGG